AUGUUAUUGUUUCUUAUAUAUAUUACAUAAAGUCUAAGUUAUUUGAUAUUUGAAUAAAAUGGAAGAAUUAACAAUUCAUUACAUAUUGAUUUGAAUAUUACAAAAGAAUAAAAAUAGCUGUUGGAUAAGGACUAUUUAUGGUUUGAUUUUUAAUUUGAUUUUCCAACACCUAUAUCAAUUGAACUUGAGAACACUAUUACCAAAUUAGAUUAAUUACUUCAAGUGCAAGUAGAUGAUGCACAAUACGGUCUAUUUAUAUGCAAAGACUUUUAAUUAUCUAAUCAGAAGACUACAAUGAUCCUUGAUCCAUUACCGCAGUAUUAAGAAUAAUGGUAUAAAUAUAAAGUUAAUGUAAAUAAAUAUCCAAGAAUACUCACCAGGUUCUAACCUGAAUUAGGUUUUACAAAAAAUUCAUCGGAAGUGAUUUAUAGUUUGAAUAUGACUUAUGAAACUUCUGGGUUUUAUCAAAUUGAAAUUAAUUAUAAAUAUGGGUCUGGAAAUUUGGAACUUUAAACUUGUAAAAGUAAUGUUUGCAAUAAUUAAAAUAAUGAGACCAAAUUACUCCUAAAUUUUUCAUAAAUAGAAUGCACACUGAUUUUAAAGGAUUAUUAUUAGGAUCUAUGUAGCCAUCAACUUAAAGUAACUACCACCAAUGCCACCUUUUAUUACCUUACUUUUAAACACUAUAGUUCUGCUAAUGUCUAAUUUAUAAAACCUAAUAAAAUAUCGUAAAUUGAGAUAGUGAACAAGGAAGCUUCCCUCGUAUUGGAUGAUUUAAACUCGCUUAAUUUUAUCUAUACCAAUUAAAAGAUAAAAGCAAUCCAAUACUCAGAAAAGUCCAGAAACUAAUUUGAGAGUAAUGUUAUCAUUUUGGCUAAAGAAGAAUAAAAUUUGCAAGAUUGGGAUUAAAACUUCUAUCUCUAGUCUAACGCACACUAAAAUCUAACAUUACAAUAUCUUAAUUCAAUUUAAACUCUAUAUUUGAAUUCAAAUUUUAGAUUAGAAUAAGAGGAAGAUUCCUAUGCUUUCUAUUGUGUCGAUACAAUAUUCUCUGAAUUUGUAUUUGAGCUUUUUGUUUAUGAUUAUGAACUUCUAGUCUAAAUUUAUUUUUCCAAUAACACCCUCUAUCCUAAUGAACAUCAGAACGAAUUCGAAUUAAUAGAAUCAAAUAUCAAAUCAAUCAAAAUGAAUGGAGAUACUAAAAUGUAUAUUGGUAUUAAAACUAAACAAAAAGCCCUUGAAUAUUAAUUACAUAUAAGAGAACCUACUUUCUAUUUUUUAAAUCUGUUUUAAUUAAGAAGAUUUAGCUAUUGUAAAACAUGUUAAAUGGAAUAUAAAUAUGCUUCAUAAUCGAAUGCAGAAAUUCAACUCCAUAUUUAUUACGAUUAAAUGAACUAUGAACAAGAUAAUUCUCUGUUUGAAAUAUAGUUCAUAGAGAAUGGAAAGUUCAUAAAGCCCAUAUAAACUUACCAUUCAUAAAAUUAUCUCAGAUUUUCUCUUUAAACUCAAGUGGAAUUGCAAUACAUUAUUCUAACUAAAAGCAAAAUUUAAUAGGAUCUAGAAAUCAUGAUAACUGAUACUAAACUAUUAGAAUUACAAUUUAAUUAAGAUAUAUCCUCAAUUGAUUUUGCAGUAGAAAUCUUUAAAAUUUAAUAAACAAACAAUAAUAUAUUUUAUUUCUAUUUUAAAGAAGAUAUAGAAGAAAAAAUUUUAAUUAUUAAUAGAAAUGGCUAAUCAGAAGUCGAAAAGAUUGCAUAAAAUUAUUAUAAAGUUUAAUUUAUCAAUAAUGUGAGAGAAGAUGCUUAUACAUAUUUUAUGAUAGAAGGCAUUAAGUCUUAAAUAACAUUUUAAGUAUAAGAAAAGACUUAUAAAAACAUUGAAUUGAUAUCCAAAAAUAUCUUUCUCUCUCCUCUUAAAUAUGAACAGCAAUUAACAAGCCUUACUCUUAAUACACAAAUUCUUAAUUGCACACAACUAAAAUGUGAUGAAUUACAUAUUUAAAAAAUUCUAAUUAUAACUAAAAUAGGAUUUAAAAAUAAAUCUAUUGAGUAUUCUCAAGGAUAUUACAACCUAAGCGAAUACCAUUAAACUUUAAAUGAGCUAUAUGACCCUAUUUCAAACAUUUAAUCGAUUUAAUUGUUUGCUUAAAUUAAUGAGAAUAAUAAUAAUUUUAACUUUAGCUCCUAAAAUUAAAUAAUGCUACAAAGGUAAGAACCUCAACUAUAAAAUCUAUUAUUCGCCAUUUUGUAUAUAAUUUUUAUUGUGUUUCUUGGAUAUAUAGUUUUUAAGAUGAUUUUUAGAAAGAAAGUGUCCAUAUUUCCUAAGAAUAUAAAUAAAAGACGUCAUAAUUAUGAAGAUGAAGAGGAAUCAAUAUCAAUAGAUGAUAUAUGA